GGCUUCCAUGGAAGUUCUCACACCCUCUGCUCCCUAUAAAAGGCAGGCAGAAGAGCCAGAGGAGCAGAGGGAUUGAGAUCAACCCAGAAACCACCACCUCUCACACCAGAGCUCACACCCUCAGCCUCCAGUAUGAAGUUCUCCGCAACAUUUCUGUGGCUGCUGCUCAUAGCAGCUGCUUUCAGCCCCGAGGUGCUCGCUCAGCCAGCUUUCGUCCCAACCUCCUGCUGCUUUACCCUGGCCAAUAGGAAGAUACCCCUUAAGCGACUGGAGAGCUACAGAAGAAUCAGCAGUGGCAGAUGUCCCUAUAAUGCUGUGGUCUUCAAGACCAAACUGGGCAAGGAUAUCUGUGCUGACCCCAAGGCAAAGUGGGUGCAGGAUUCCAUGAAGUACCUGGACCAAAAAUCUUUAACUCCAAAGCCAUAAAUAAUCACCAUUUUUGAAACCAAACCAGAGCCUGAGUGUUGGUUGAUUUGUUUUCCUUUCUUAUAAUAUGUUAUGAGAUUAUCAUCCAAAGGGAAUGGGUUUUAUUAUAUGUAUCUCUCUAUAUAUAUUUAAAGUCUAUUGCAUUUAAUUUAUUGAGGCUUUAAAACUUUUCCACGAAUAUCAGUUAUUUUUAAACUGUAAAGCUUUGUGCAGGCCCCUUACCCCCAGGGAGCCCCAGUUGGAUCCCCUUGCAUGUGUGGGCAGUGUUCCCCAUCUCCCCGCUUCCUCCCUGGAAUCUUGUAAAGGCCCUGGCAAAGAGCAUCAGCAUGAAAAUUUCAUUGUUCUUGUAAACCCAAUGUGUGACUCAUUAAAUGGAAGUAAAUGUUGUUUUAUGGAGAAAUAAAAUAUGUUCAUAUUUUA